AUUCGACGUACCGGCCGUGAUUUUCUAUUUCUACAUAGUCUAGAACAAAUGAAUGCCCUGUAUAUCUUCUGCGAAUUAAAAUAUAAAAGAUGCGACGCGAGCUCAUACCGUUCAUUCAAUUAUUGUCAACGAUAUCUUUAAUAUCGUUAAUCAUCUUUGUUACCAGCAAUAGUGACCCACAGUGAUAAAUAUUACUUAUUUAAAAAGGGACAAAACGCAGUGUAGUGCAGUCACCCUCCUAGGUAUUAGGUAUUAUCAUUGGCUUUUUAUAAAAAGGGAUCAUGUCAGCCAAAAAGGUUCUUAAGCUUCUGAUUUUUACUAUAACUUCAUUAGUAAAGACUUUGCAGACAACCUACAGCGAAGAUGCAGCGCGCGACGGACUGAAGAACUGUACUAAGGCUGUACGAACUAUUAAAAUGCUAUUGAAGAAGGCAACCACGGUAGGCGAGAAGCAACAACUUUUAUCGCAGCUGGCUAACGUUAAAAGUUAUAGAAAUCAAAUAAAAGUUUCUGUAAGACAUGGUUCGGGGAUGACGGGCGAGGUUUUAACCUCUUCUAGACCAUCAAAAAGAGUAAAAUGGGACGACAGCGAAAUCGCAUUCGAUAGCCGCAUUCGUACCGGUGUGAUUUCUAAUUUGAAGCAUAAAGACCCACGUCAGUUUCUCGCCGAUUGUUUCAUCCUCUUCAAACGUCGCAUUGCCAAUGUUUUGAAGAAAGAAGAGUCGCUCAAGGUUAAUGCGAUAUUGGGAGGGCAAUUCCUUUUGCAAAAAGCCGAUCGAAUAAUUGAGGAAACCAAGUAUUUCAACACCCGGAAUGAUCCGAUCUAUCGAGACACAGACUUGGAAGAAUGGUUUCAAGAAACUAUAUCACAGCCAAUACUAAACCAACUGGAUGAGUUCCAAGAGAGAGACUCCGGCUGGACACUGAGUUCUAUCACCAACUUGGGAAUCCACAUCAACAAAUUUACACCUCAACUGGGAUCCUCAUAUGUAGAGUUACCGCGGCAAAUUAAAAUCAAAGAAGCCUGCAUAAAUAUUAAAAAUAUGGAUGGGGCGUGCUUUGCGUGGGCAGUAGUUUCUGCCUUGUACCCUGUUCAUAAAAACAGUGACCGAACGGCAUCUUAUCCUCAUUAUUCUAAAGUUCUAAAUAUAAAAGGUAUUCAGUUUCCGAUGACUACAAGACAAAUUCCACGUUUCGAAAAUCAAAAUAAUUUAUCUAUUAACCUUUACGGAUUGAAAAAAUGUAAAAACACUUUCAUCAUACUCCCUACAUAUUUAACGAAAAAUAAAAUGGAAAAGCAUAUCAACUUGCUCUUUAUACAAGAUCGGUAUGAAGAUGAUGAUCUUGAUGAUGCUAAUAUUCCUAUGAAAUACCAUUUUUGUUGGAUAAAAAAUUUGUCGAGGCUUCUGUCAUCCCAACUUAGCAAACAUGAUGGCAAAAAGCAUUUUUGCGAUCGAUGUUUACACUACUUCUCUUCCCAAGAUAGAUUGUCUGAACAUUAUAAGGACUGCAAAAAUGUUAAUGACUGCUGUAUUAGACUACCGAGUGGGGGUGAACAGAAGCACUUGAAAUUCAAAAACUUCAAAAAUAAGGAAAAGAUGCCGUUCAUUGUUUAUGCUGACCUUGAAAGUGUAUUAGAAAAAGUAGUAAACUCGGGCAACAAGUACCAGCGCCACGUACCCGCAGCAAUUGGUUACUACGUCAAGUGUUCUUAUGAUCCCACGUUAUCUUUUUACAGAUCUUAUCGCGGAGAAGAUUGCAUGUCCUGGUUUGCUCAGCAGAUGUGUUGUUUUGCUGAAGAUGUCGAGACGGUUUAUCUGUGUCCUUUUGAUAUUAGAAUGACUCCAGAACAACAGGCUGAAUUUGAACGAGCAACGCAUUGUCACAUCUGCGAACAGCCUUUUGGCCCUGACGAUAUAAAAGUGAGAGACCAUUGUCAUUUCAUAGCCGAAAACAAUUAUCGAGGAGCCGCACACAAUGCUUGUAAUAUUAAUUACAAGGAUGGUGUAAUUAUACCUGUUGUCUUUCACAAUUUGAGCGGGUAUGACAGCCAUUUUAUUCUAGAAAAUAUCGCCAACGAUGUGUCAGGCCGUGUCGAUCUUCUACCCAUUACAAAAGAAAAAUAUAUUUCGUUCACAAAAAAUAUAGACCAAAAUUUGAUUAAAUUAAGAUUCAUUGACUCGUUCCGUUUCAUGAGUUCCGCUCUAGAUACACUAUCAUCAUACUUAACCGAAUUUCAAAAUUUAAGAUCUCAAUUCCCGGAACUAGAUGAAAAUAUGUUUAAAUUACUAACUAAAAAGGGAGUGUACCCGUACGAUUUUAUGGAGAAUUUCGAUAAAUUCAAUUUCGAUUCUUUACCUGAACAAAAACAUUUUUAUAAUCAAUUAACUGAUAAUGAUAUUUCUGAUGACGAAUACGCACACGCCCAAAACAUUUGGACUAAAUUUAAUAUUAAAACUUUAGGUGAAUAUACUGAUUUGUAUAUGAAAACGGACAUUCUUCUUCUGGCUGACGUUUUUGAACAAUUUCGUAGCAGUUGUCAUAAGACAUACGGGUUAGAUCCCGCCCACUACUAUACCCUACCAGGUUAUACGUGGGAUUGCAUGUUGUUUAAGACACGGCAGACAUUGGAACUUUUAACAGAUAUCGAUCAAAUUAUGUUUGUUGAGCGCGGAAUUCGUGGCGGUCUGAGUCAAUGUUCGAAAAGGAAAAGUUUGGCUAAUAACAAGUACCUUCAAAAUUACGAUUCGACUAAACCAACCCAGUAUUUAACAUAUUUCGAUAUCAAUAAUCAGUAUGGGUGGGCCAUGAGUCAGUAUUUACCAUACGGCGGUUUCGAGUGGGUUCAAGAUUCAAAUACAAUUGACGUAACAACUGUGUCGGACACUUCAAAUGUAGGGUAUUUACUCGAGGUGGAUCUUACAUAUCCACGGCAUCUACACGAUCUACAUCGAGACCUACCGUUCUGUCCUGAGCAUAAUGCUCCUCCCAAUUGUAACACCGGUAGUAAACUUUUGGCAACAUUAUACGAUAAGACACGAUACGUUAUACAUUAUUGUGCAUUAAAACAGGCAAUAAAGCACGGGCUUAUCAUCACCAAAAUUCAUCGUGCUCUAAAAUUUAAUCAAUCUCCUUGGCUUAGAGCCUACAUUGACAUGAAUACUGCGUUGCGUCAGGCGGCUACGAAUGAAUUCGAAAAGAACUUGUUCAAGCUUAUGAACAAUGCUGUAUUUGGUAAAACGAUGGAGAACAUUAGGAAGCGAUCUGUUGUAAAAUUGGUAAGCAAAUGGAACGGGCGUUAUGGGGCUGAGGCACUUAUAGCAAAACCCGAGUUUAAGGCGGCCACUAUUUUCAACGAAAAUUUGGUCGCCAUUGAACUUAAUAAGACAGAGGUGUAUUUUAAUAAACCGAUAUACGUUGGCAUGUCGAUUUUGGAUCUUGCUAAAACCACCAUAUACGAUUUCCAUUAUGAGUACAUGUUGCCGGAAUUUGGUGAGGACUGCUCUGUCUUAUACACCGACACCGACAGUCUUAUAUACGAAAUUCGUAAUAAAGACAUAUACGAAGUGAUACAGCGUGACUGUCAUACACGUUUUGAUACCAGCGAUUAUCCGCAAGACAACAAGUACAACAUCCCACAGGUAAAUAAAAAAGUUUUAGGUAUGAUGAAAGACGAGUUUAACGGCGUACCAGUUGAAUUAUUUAUCGGUCUGAGAUCGAAAAUGUACGCCGUUAAACAGGCUGUAAAUAAUAGCAACGCGAUUAGAACAGAAAUCGGCUUGACGAAAAAGAUUAAAGGUAUUAAAAGGUCUGUUAUUAAACGGGUCAUUACGCUCGACGACUUCGUCGAAUGUGUUGACAAUUUUAAAACUAAAUACAUUUCUCAAAAUUUAAUAAGAUCCGAAAAACAUGCAGUUUUUUCCAUAACACAAGAUAAGAUCGCGUUAAAUCCCCACGACGAUAAAAGGUAUUUAAUUAAGGGAUCGUAUGAGACCUUUCCCUGGGGACAUUACUUCAUUAAGGACGACGGCGAUGAAUCCUUAGAAUAGGUUGUUUUUAGCUGUUAAGCUCAAGUUUUUGAAUAUAUGUAUAUACUUAAUAUAAACUGUACGGCACAGUCCGGGUUUGUUUUCCUAUCGUAACAAAGUAAUUAGUGUAAUAAUAGGCAUUAAUAUUAGGAAAAUAGAAGUUAAUUUUUGGUAUAGGUAAAGCAAAUUUGAUGUACAUAGGUAAAUACCAGGUGUAUAUGAGUAAUGUUAAUUUAUUUUCGCUGUUCUAAUCAUAUAUGGUAAUAAUAAUAAGUCACCUGUUUAGUCAACCAUCCGUUGUAUAUCAAACACUUAUUUAAUAAAAGCAAAUGAAUUAUU